AUGGCAAAUUCAGGGCAGAAAUUCGAGGAAGGGAGGAGGGAACGAGAGGAAGUCCUCCGUCUCGCCAAGGACUUCAUCGACAACUUCUACGCCGACAUCGGAAUGUCCGAGACGGCCGCGCAAAGGGAUCGCUCGGCCGCGAUCGAGCUGCAGGUGACCUCCACCGGCACCUACGACCUCACCUCCGAUGAACUCGCCUUUGGCGCCCGGAACGCCUGGAGGAAUGCGUCGCGAUGCAUCGGCCGCAUCCACUGGCCCCCGCUUAAGCGGAAAACGGCCCCGCAGGUGUUCGACGCCCGCGGCGCGACCACGACGGCGGGGAUGUUCCAGGCCAUCUGCGACCACAUCAAGUACGGCACGAACGGGGGGAAGAUC